AUGCAGGAAUCGUCGUUGCAGACGAGGGGUCGCGAUUUCUAUGGUUCCCUGCCGCUCGGUACCCGCGGCGUGUUCGUGACGUGCGUCGCGCUGUACGUCACGGGCGUGCUCCUCGGCUUCGACGACUUCGCCCAGAUUUGCAUGGCUCCCUCUUGGGUGCUGAGGGACGGGCAGGUGUAUAGGAUGUUCACCUCGGUGCUCUUUCACGGCAGCGUGCUGCACCUCGCGUUCAACAUGAUGGCGUUCGUGCCAAUGGCGUCAUCCCUGGAGCGGCUACUAGGUACCGUGCAGUUCACGUACAUCCUCGUGCUCUUCACGCUGCUGGCGUCGAUCUUCCACGUCGGGUUGGCGUUCAUCGGCGGAACGCUGGGGUAUCCCUCGAUGCACGAGUGCGCCAUCGGAUUUAGCGGCGUCAUCUUCGGCGUCAUCGUCGUCGAUACCCACCUGUCGUCGGUCGCGCAGAGAUCGAUCUUCGGAUUCUUCACGGUACCGUCGCAGUGGUACCCCCUCUCGCUGCUCAUCUUCCUGCAGGUUCUCAUGCCCUCGGUGUCGUUCGUCGGGCACCUCUCCGGGCUCCUCGCGGGACUCACGUACGUCCGCGGCCACCUCAACCCGCUGCUGCUCAGGCCGUCCACUACGGCGUGGAUCGAGCAGCACGCGUGGGCGGCGCCGGCGGUGAGGCACGGCGCGUUCAUC